AUGGCAAGUGUUGGCACUUCGCCAUCGAUCGGCGUCCCACAUAGAACGGAAAGUGGCAUCGGGCCUCUACCACGCCCACCAGCCUCGCCGGGUAUUCAGCAGAUCCGCAAGGGGAGCGUCUUCGCGCGUAUAAAGUCGCUCAACGACCUUGUCGGACCUCCGGCAGCGCCCCUAACGCAGGACACGCCCGAGGUUACCAAUGUACCGCGUCCGCUUCAGCGCAAGAACCCUUUCGUUCGCCGAGGCAAAGACGCCUCUCCUCCUCAGCCACGCAGGUCCGUAACGAUCCGAUACGCUCCGCAAGACCUAGAUAUCCAAUCACCCAUGCCGCAGAUGAUCGUCACACAGCCAACGUUUGAUGUCAAGGAGGACAUAGAAGAAGACAUCUCUGACACUGAAGACUUCGAGGACCGAGGCGGUUAUGCCAAGCGAACAGCGGAGCUACGCGCAUGUCCAGCGGGCAGAACCGCAGACUGGAGCAAGAUGCAGACUGAGCAGUGUGUUGCUGGAGGUGCCAGAGCACCGACUGCAGGGGACCUCAGCCAGCAACAUGACGCGGUUCCUGCUAAGGCGCAGCAUGUGGGCAGUCUCCAACAUCAAGCCUCCGGCGGCAUUCACGCGGCAGAACCGCGAACGCUGAACAACGCUGGGAGCGCAUCAGGAACUUGCGCCGCGGUUCGCACACCAGCACUACGCAAUAUCAAAAGCAUGGGGCAGGCUCCGACUGGUAGUUCGGGACCAACGCGUGCCAUCAACUUUGCUGACUGGCACGUGGGCAACCCCGUCGCUGCAAGCAUCGACCAGAUCAUCGACGAGAUCAUUGUGGAGCACAGGUGUAUGCUAGAGGCGGUCAUCAAGAACCUCCAGGACGGCGCUCCAAAGCUCGAAGAGGCCCGCAAACUAUCGCGGAGGCUCGCAUGCAUGUCUGUAGACGACGGUACGUGCGAGCCAAGGUUAUGGCGAGAGAACACCAUGCACGCUCAGCCGGGUCCUAAGCCACAUUUGUCAUCAGAACAGAGCUCGGUGCCCAAACUCCUCGACAUGAUCGAAGCCACAGCCGGCGACCUCGGCCUCGACCUCGAAGCACAUCCGACCGAAGGUCUACAUCAGCGUGCCAACCAGCUAGCUCGCCUCAUGAAUUCCGACCAGCCUGGCGGCCAAGAGGACCUACACGCUUUUCCCUCUCCUCACGACCAUAUCUUGCAGUACUACACGAUGCCGUCGGCAGACCGUGAUAGCUCCCAUACCUACAGCUCACCUCGACAUCCCUACACCACGACCACUUCGCAGCACUCUUCACCAUCCGCCUAUUUCCCUAUUCCAGGCUUCUCCUCCACGCCGCCACCAUGCCGCUCCAACACCCAUCUCACCACAUCCCCACAGAGCCUAUUUCCGUCACCUAAUGUGCCCUACACCCCUAACCCAGCGUUCUACCUCAACAGCAACACCCAACCCUACGAGCCUACCAUCUCCUACACCUCCUCGCCGCCGGUGCAAGAAGCGCCUACACUACUACACCGCUCCCUCUUAACCUACCAAGGGCUUCCGAGUCCGCUCACAGCACCGUCGCAGCCGCUCAAUUCCGACAUGACUGUUAACCCCAUAUACCCGCCCCAGCCGCCUUCGUCAAUGCGGCGGCCGUUUCCGCGGUUCGAGGAGCGCACUCUUAUGCAAGCGAUGCGUCAGGAAGGUAUAUCGGCGGGCUCUCAGCUGAGGGAUGCGACGGAAGAGAGGUUGGUGGAUAUGAGGGCCAUGGGUCUAAGAACGCCAGUGUUGGAGAAGGUCAGGAGGUUGGAGUUUGCCAGAGUGUACAUGUAA